ACUGUCAGUGUUGGGGUUCUGUACUUUAUACGGAAGUAUCGAGGAACUGCACUUCAGAAAAUUAAGAAAAACAGUUCUUGUGGAGACGAUUCUCUUCUUGAGAAGGUUGCGGUCGUAAAUUCUUUCAGUGAAUGUCAAAUUGUGGCAAGAACGUUACAGAGAAAAUGCGCAAACUUCCGUGUUCUCGGUUUUGACUGUGAGUGGGUAACUGACUUUGGAAAACGUAGGCCAGUUGCUCUAAUGCAGCUAGCAACAGGAGAUGGCUUUUGUGCUCUCGUUCGUCUGUGCCACCUGAAACAACUUCCACAUUGUCUUCAAGAAAUACUUGAAGAUGCUACUGUCUUUAAAGUUGGUGUGGUUCCAUCUGAUGAUGCUUCAUACUUAAUGAAAGAUUAUGGUAUUACAGUGCGCGGGUGUUUGGACUUGCGUCAUUUGAUGGCGCAGAGUGGCACGGUGUCUCGUGGUGGACUUGCCGGAAUGGCACAGAAUUUACUGGGGAUUAAACUUGAUAAAAAUUGGCGCAUUCGCUGCAGCGACUGGGAGGCUCCUGUUUUAGAACCCCACCAGGUGCGUUACGCAUCACAAGACGCGCUGGUCGCUGUUGACAUGUUCGAUAAGUUGAUCCAGCGUGAGUUGAGACCUUGGUGGCACUUCUGGGGUCCAGUAGAACCUAAGUGGGCAAGAAUUAUUGAGCUCUGCCAAAUUUAUGUUGAUGUUAAGUACAAGGACAGGCCCAAACAAGGUGAAAGUUCUUGUGCUCGACUGCAGAAUGGAAGUAGCCAACCUCUGCAGCAGGCCAGUAAGCACACCAUGAAACCGUCGUCACGAGCGUACUCGACACGGCAGAAGCCGCUGUAUGAAAACUGUAUUCUCCAAGCCCCUGAUGGAGAAGUCCUUAGUACCUGUGACCGCAAGAAAAUUGAAUGGUAUUUAUUCAAGAAGUUGGGAGUAAAAGUACGUGAUAAUCCCCUCACUGUUCGACUCCUGUUUGAGCCAGCGGGACGAGCUGUGGAUGAAGUUGGACGGUACUACACGCAGGAAAAAGCUAACCGUUGUGUAGUUUGCGGCAAGAAUGAGUCAUAUAUCCGAAAGUGCAUUGUGCCCCGUGAAUACCGCAAACAUUUCCCCGUUGUGAUGAAAGACCACAUUUCACAUGAUGUUCUUCUGUUGUGUCUGGACUGUCACUUAAAGAGCAGCAGUUUUGAUGUCGCGCUGCGUCAGCAGCUUGCGGUUGAAUGCAACUCACCAAUUGGUAGCUGUGAUGAUGUUAAGAUGUUUGAUGUUACAAAUCUGAAACGUGUGCGCUCUGCUGCACGUGCCUUACUGUCGCCAGAUGAAAACAAGAUUCCUCUUAAGCGUAAGAAGGAGCUUCAAGAGAUUGUACUGCAGCAUUUUGGUGCUGAAUAUGGGACAGAACUCUCAAGAGACAUGCUCCAGAAGGCGAACGAGAUUGUCGUCAGUGUGAUGAACGAAAACUACGAGCCUCAUGGUCUGCGCGUGGUGAUGCACUUUUCAAACCCAAUGAAUGACGGUUUAAUGUAUUUAGAGCAGAGGUGGCGAGAACAUUUUCUCACAAUGAUGCGACCACGCUACCUUCCUGCUCUGUGGUCUGUGCAACACAAUCAUCAACGUCUGAAGCAGCGUAUUGCUGAAGGUCUUAUCCAGCCGGAAGAAGCUGGUGUCAGUGGCAUCAAUCUGGAUGAAUCCUGAGUUCCCAGGUUCAAAUCUUGAUCCAAACACCAGCCAUCUAAACUGAGGUGUUCUAUAGUUUUCCUCAGUCAUCCAGGAACAUGCCGGAACAAUACCUCAAAACUUUGACGAUGGCCACUUCCUUUUGUAUCCUUUCCAUUUCAUUUCUUCAUGAAUCAUCAUUUCACUUUGUAGUCUGUGUUAUUGUCAUUAUCAUUAAAUAAAUCAUAUUUUAGUAAAAUGGACGUGUGUGUGUGUGUGAAAAUAUAAUAUGAUGCGUACUUCAUGCUAGCUCAUGACUCAUCCAUCAUUGUUUAGAUUGUGAAUUUAAAGAAAAAUAUAUCGCUGUGUAUUUCA